UGAGAACAAAUUGAGCAGUCACCAUAAUGCAUGUAAGGACGAUAAAAAAGGAAAGGGAAAAAGGAGAGAGAGUACGAGAGAGCGGGAACCACAAACAUACCACGGUAUGGCACCCAAGAAAACGGCAGCCACGAUCAAGCCAACCAAGGACACGGCACAAGAGCAUGAUGGCAAGAAAGAAGGAGCUGCGAAAGAAGAGAGAGAGAGAGAGAGAGAGAGAGAGAGAGAGAGAGAGAGAGAGAGAGAGAGAGAGAGAGAGAGAGAGAGAGAGAGAAGAGAGAGAGAGAGAGGAGAGAGAGAGAGAGAGAGAGAGAGAGAGAGAGAGAGAGAGAGAGAGAGAGAGAGAGAGAGAGAGAGAGAGAGAGAGAGAGAGAGAGAGAGAGAGAGAGAGAGAGAGAGAGAGAGAGAGAGAGAGAGAGAGAGAGAGAGAGAGAGAGAGAGAGAGAGAGAGAGAGAGAGAGAGAGAGAGAGAGAGAGAGAGAGAGAGAGAGAGAGAGGAGAGAGAGAGAGAGAGAGAGAGAGAGAGAGAGAGAGAGAGAGAGAGAGAGAGAGAGAGAGAGAGAGAGAGAGAGAGAGAGAGAGAGAGAGAGAGAGAGAGAGAGAGAGAGAGAGAGAGAGAGAGAGAGAGAGAGAGAGAGAGAGAAGAGAGAGAGAGAGAGAGAGAGAGAGAGAGAGAGAGAGAGAGAGAGAGAGAGAGAGAGAGAGAGAGAGAGAGAGAGAGAGAGAGAGAGAGAGAGAGAGAGAGAGAGAGAGAGAGAGAGAGAGAGAGAGAGAGAGAAGAGAGAGAGAGAGAGAGAGAGAGAGAGAGAGAGAGAGAGAGAGAGAGAGAGAGAGAGAGAGAGAGAGAGAGAGAGGAGAGAGAGAGAAAGAGAGAGAGGGUGAAAGAGAGAGAGAGAGGGUGGGGGUAAGAUAGAGGGGAGAAAAAAAGCAUAAAGAGGAG